GCUCCCAAAACCGUCCUCAUCAUAGGACUCGUUACACAGGUUGCGGGGUCGAUUAUUAAUGCCUGCAGCCGCACGCAGGUAUAUGAUCGAUGGGGAGCAUUCAUCACUCCAUUACACCACACUCACGGCGCAAGUUUGAUUUUUAAAAUGGCGGCGGAAGCGUCUAAACAGGUAUGAAAUGUUAUCGAUACUGGGUAAACUUUACAAAAGCGCUUGUCAGUAACGCCGAAGCAGCGUUGCGUCUCCCGCGGUGCAGCAAGAACACGUCUCCGGCAUUUUGGACUUCCUUUAAACGCACUCGAGGAAGCGCUGCGACAACCGAGUCGAGUCGGCGUCAGCGGCAAGUGCGCCCGAGGGGAGUCCCGGUGGAUGCGGCCCCGCUCCUUCACCUGAGUUCACUGCACGUGUUCGUCCCGACGAACGAGCUCACGCCGGUGCGGCUUUUGUCCCCCCGAACUGCGCUGAGGAGGCAGGGAGGUGAGGGGCGGGUGUCAAAGCAUCAUCAUCAUCAUCAUGGACCGCUGCGUCCGGAGGAGACCUGCAGCCCACCUGUAGCAUCGACCGACCCACCGACCCACCGGCCGGCCGGCCGGCGGCGACAUGGCGAACACGGCCCGCGGUGCCCAGGAGCGGAGAGACGGCCGCGGGGGUGUGUCUGCAGAGGUCAUAGUGGAGAACGGCUGGGUAGUGACGGAGCUGACUGCUUCUGACCUCCACGAAGGCACCAACCAUCACUGCCACAAACCCAUCACAACCCUGCACAGGGAGUCCGUCCUGCCCAGUUACGUGCCGUCCUGCUCCUCCACCCCCCCCAUCUCCUACUGCAGCCCCCAGAAGAGCCAAGCGGACCUGAGCCAGGACAGCCACAGCUUGACCUCCCAGGACUCUGGUAUCCCAACUCUGGAGAUCAACCCUCCAGAGAACAUCCUUCACGGCCACCAUCGGCCAGGUGACGGAGGCCUCCUACCGGACUCCAGCUCCUACUCCCCAGCCACUUUGACUUUAGAUGAUGAUCCCUCUGAUGGCAACGCCAUCCGGAAAUCCUCCACCUUCCCCCGCAGCGGGUACGACUCCGUCCGCUUCUUUAACCCCGCCCUCCGACUAUCCGCAACCACAGGGAUGGGUCUCGGGGGCGGAGGUCUGAACCGAAGUGAUGACAUCUCUGUGUGCAGCGUGUCGAGCAUGAGCACCGAGCUCUCGGUCUCCAACGAAGACAUCCUGGAUCUCACCGUCACCUCCGACUCUAGCGCCAUUGUUACCAUGGAGACCGAUGACAGUAAUUUCUCCGACGUGACGCUGUCAUCGGAGAGAGACCUAUGGAGCCCAGCAGGAGCACAUCCGCGGUCCGUUGUCAUGCAACCGGAAGAGGAUGGCAGGCAGAAGAAGAUGGGCCCUCUAGCAAGCUUGUUCAACAGGAGCCUCUUUGCCAGGAGGGUGAGGGACAGUCAUCCAGCGGAGCAGAGGGAUCCCGGCUGGAAGCUGUUUGGAAAAAUCCCUCCGAGAGAAGGCCCCAUUAAGGACCCGAAGAGAAUACAGAAGGAAUAUGAAACAAAGAGUGGCAGAGCUGGACCUGGCAACCUGACGUCUCCCAGGCAUGGUAUAAGGAAAAACCUGGACUUUGAGCCACUCUCCACCACAGCACUCAUACUGGAAGACCGACCUGCUAAUCUUCCCGCCAAGCCAGCCGAGGAGGCGCAGAAGCACCGACAGCAGUAUGAGGAGAUGGUGGCCCAGGCCAAGAAGAGAGAGUUAAAGGAGGCUCAGAAGAGAAAGAAGCAGCUGGAGGACCGCUGUAAGCUGGAGGAGAGCAUCGGCACCGCUGCCCAGAUCUGGAACCUGGAGAUUUUGCCCAACUGGAGUACAACGUGCACAUCUAGACGGGUGAGAGACCUCUGGUGGCAGGGCAUCCCCCCCAGCGUAAGAGGCAAAGUGUGGAGCCUGGCCGUGGGCAACGACCUCAACAUCACACAUGAGCUGUACAGCAUCUGUCUGUCCCGGGCGAAAGAGAAGUGGAGGAGCACGCCGACACAUUCGGUAGAGCCUGAACCUGAAGGUCCCGGUUCGUCAGAUCGCGAGUCGAGUCUGGAGCUGAUCAAACUGGACAUCUCGAGAACCUUCCCACAUCUGUGCAUCUUCCAGCAGGGCGGGCCAUAUCAUGACGUGCUGCACAGCAUUCUGGGAGCAUACACUUGUUACCGGCCAGACGUUGGCUACGUGCAGGGGAUGUCGUUCAUCGCAGCAGUCCUAAUCCUGAACCUUGACACAGCGGACGCCUUUAUAGCUUUUGCCAACCUGCUCAAUAAGCCCUGUCAGAUGGCCUUCUUCAGAGUCGACCACAGCCUUAUGUUGACUUACUUUGCCGCAUUUGAAGUGUUCUUUGAAGAAAACCUACCAAAGCUCUUUGCACAUUUCCAGAAAAACAGCCUGACGCCCGACAUUUAUUUAAUCGACUGGAUCUUUACCCUGUACAGCAAGUCGCUGCCGUUGGACCUGGCGUGCCGGGUGUGGGACGUUUUCUGCAGAGACAGCGAGGAGUUCCUGUUCCGCACGGGGCUGGGGCUGCUGCGUCUCUACCAGGACGUCCUGACCACCAUGGACUUCAUCCACAUGGCUCAGUUCCUCACUCGCCUGCCCGACUUCAUCCCCGCCGAGCAGCUCUUCCAGCACAUCGCCGCCGUUCACAUGACUAGUCGCAACAGGAAGUGGCCGCAGGUCCUGCAGAUGUUACAGAAAGAUCCGGAGCGAGGCAGCCCGGUGCUGAAGCGCUGAGUCUUCACACGUUACUGGACUGUGUGAGGGCCCUCGAUGGAGAGAAAGAACCUUGAAGCGCAGCUGGACCUAUCGGGUUGUAGCCUCUGUGAUAAAACCUCUUCACCAGAACCAGGACUCUAGAGGGGGAUGAGAGUGGGGAGGGGAAAGGAAGAUGAGGCCUUAUUUAUCCCCCUCAAUCCCUCCUGAAGAAUGUAUCACACACUCCCACAUUCAGCAGGAAGAGACACCACUCGUCUCAGACUGGAAGCCGACCAUCUUUCUAGCUCCACUCCCACUUGUCCUUUGUUUUAAGUGACUCUCUGAUAUUGAUACCGGUACCGGUCAGGGAAAGUGACAGUGAUGUCUUGAAAUUUCAGCUCCACAGUCUGACGUGUGAAUGGCGGUGGGAAGUGGAACUUCAGCUCGGUAUCGGUCUCAUUCUGUGUCUUGCAGCUUUUUUUCCCCUCCAAACUUUAGUCAGUCCUUCAGUUAGAUCUUGUCCUUGUGAGCUUUUCGUUUGCGUGUUUGUUUUGUUGCUACAGACUUUUUUUUUCCUAUCCUUUCCAUGAAUUCAACUUCACGGUUCAUUUAUGUCGAUGAAACUGGAGUGAAGGAUGCUGCUGUCAUACAGACCUCUUUUAAUGUUAGCCGUGCAGUAAGCGCAGGGGGAUGUCUUUCGAGUGAAUUUAUUUAAUAUUUAUCAAAAGGAGACGAAUGAAGCGUUGUUACUUAGCCUUUGUCCCGUCCAUCGUACACUUGAUGUGAAUAACGCGUACACUGGAGGAUGUGAUGGUAGUCGAUAUGCACUGCAGGCGCACUGAUCUGAGGGCCUGGGCACUGGACAAUCGGCUGCUCGGUCUGCGCCUGGCUGACCGUUACCUCUUGUUAGCACUGUCUUUUUAGUUUUUUUCUACACGAUCUUUCACCUUUUUAGCCCCGUUUUGUGGACACCUUCUCUGCCUCCAACUUGAGGCAGAGAAAAACAUUCCACAGAUAAAAAGUAGUUUUUUUGUUUUUAGAUCACACGUUUUUCCGUCAUUGUGCAUCUGUCAGCGGUCAGUCUGCCUUUUUGGUGUAGCCGUCAUGAGGCAAGCUCUGUGGCAGCGUGUCAGGGCCCUGCCUUAGUGAAUGUCUUUUCUUCCUAACUAGCAGUGGGCAGGGCCAGUAUUCUCAUCACUGUUGGUUGGGGUUUUAUUACCAGCAUUGUUUUUCACCAUUCGUCAUAGCCUAGACAGUACACAAUACUUUUUGAUCAUUGGUUAACGUUUUUCUGUUUCGCUCAUAAAUUUCUUUAUGAACUUUAUUAAUGAAUUUGUGUUUUUCUCGAUUUCCCCCCCCCCCUGCACCUCUUCUCCCCUUAAGUGUUUUCUUUUUACUUAAAAUGGCCCUUAUAUGCGCUUGUUGUUGAGCCCAUAAGGGAAUUUGCACAGACCGACUCAUGAGAUGAACUUUUAGAAGUGCAGACAGAUCUACCCUUUGCUAACGUUGAUGCCUGGACCACGGACGCACUACAACACAUGUUGUGAGUAGGAAAACCAAACUAACAGGAAGCUUGUUGUGUUCAUGCCUGCAAACGGGCAAACAUCAGCUUAGCGCCACACUUUCUCAUCAUCAAAGUCCCCCACCCACCCAGUGUGGUGACACACUGCAAUAAAGCUUUUUGCACAUAUAUGUAAGCUUUUGAGCUGUGCCUCGCAUCAUCACUUGUCUUCACUCUCAGGUUUGAAAAGGGUUUUCAUUUUAGUUUUUAUUGUGCUUUAGUAGUCACAGCAACAGUUGCGGUGUCUGUGCUUUAUGUGCAUGUGUUUAGUGGCAUUUUCAGAUUAAAAUAGGUUAGUUAAUUGUUAGUUGUAUCAUUAAAGACUGUCCCUUCCAGCUCCACCAACACUACCCACUUUCCAUCACCCAUGCACACACACACACCCACACAAACACUGCGGCAGUUGCCAGAAACCACAUUCAAUCCAAUUUGAAUAAAAAUGUAAUCUGCUGUUAUUCUUUUUUUUUUUUUU